AUGCUGGCCGCACAGCCCACUCCCACUCGCGCCACAUGCAUAUCGGCUCCAUCAUCCAGCCUCAAGCCUGCUUUGACUAUCAAGGCAUCUCAGCUUGCCAAGGCCCAUCACCGCGUUCAAGUUCCAAGGAUCAUCAUCACACCGCCCGAUGAGCCCGCACGCUUCUCGAGUGCACUCCCAGAACAGACAUACGAAAAGUCAGUCCUAUUUGUUCCCGUCAAGACCGAGGAAUUGGGCUGGGACGAGCACGGCUUGUACUGGAACGGCACCUACGCCUAUCCCGUCCAUCAGAUCUAUGACAAGGAAGGCUCCCCCAUCGGGCGCCGACGCAAAGGUCCGCAGGGCUACCGUUUCGAGGAAUACUACGGCAAUAAGAAGCCGCGACGCCCCUCGACGAGCUCGCAUAUGGAUGACACCGUCGAGGAAGCCAGCGUGCGCCUUGAAGAGCCCGCGCCCGCCCGCAUCCUGGGCUACAACAGGGCAAGCAACCCCGGACAGGAUGAGCAAGAGCACAUCGAAAAGCCCGCCGAGUGCGACGAGGACGAAGCCGCCUCUCCCACCAGCCCGACGCUCUCAGUUGCCUCGGACCUGACCGAGACCGAAGACUCCAGCUCCGUGUGUGACGACUCGAGCUCUAUCUGGUCGCGCAGCGGCGGUGCUUCGGAUGAUGCCGAAAGUGAAUGCACCUCGCCCGGCGUCAUGUCACCGCGCACAGACGCAGAAGAGGGCGAGCUUAGUGCCGAUGCGCUGAGCGCCAAGCUUUCGGACCUCGCUCCCACCGAGCGUGUCAGCAAGACGACGUGGACAUCGUUGGGCACGCUGCCGUCGUCGAUUGUCUCGCCAUCGCGCUCCUCCUCUCUGCCAGAGCCGAGCUCGCGCAACAAGCUUGACCUAUCCAAUGAGCAUCGCUCCAGCUCUACGAUGAUUGUCAGCUCACCCACCGAGCAGCGUCGGUACAGCACGCCUUCGGCAUACUCGUCCAUCAUCCAGGAUCUCGUCAUCUCGCCCUUUGCCAAGCAGUCGGCUUCGCCAUUGCGCUCGGCAACGCUGCCUCGCUCCAGAUCGCGAUCCAGCCACGCCGCUUCCAAGCCCAGCUCGGUCCUCCGGCCACCACCGCCAUCAUCAUGGACAUCAUCGGGCGCCACACGCUCAAGUUCGGCAACGCGCUCUUCCAGACGCAGUUUUCCCUCGGCGCCCGAGUCCGACUUUGACGCUGGCUGGAACUUUGAGGCGCAAGGCGCAUCGCUUUCGCACCACUGGGACCACUCGUUCGCAAACCACUACUAG